CGGAAGUGGAAGUUUAUGCGGCUAAUGCUACCGGUGUCGCUGAGCUGCAUGUUUACCAACGAAAUCUUUGAUUUCUUUUCAAAAUGAAUCCCCUAACCAAGGUCAAGCUGAUCAAUGAGCUGAAUCAGCGGGAGGCGGAGUUCGGCGUGAAGGACUCCGUGUCUUGGCAUUCUGCCUACAAGGACAGUGCCUGGAUAUUCAUAGGUGGCUUUCCGUACGAGUUGACGGAGGGUGACCUCAUUUGCGUUUUCUCCCAGUAUGGAGAAAUCGCUAAUAUUAACCUGGUGCGAGAUAAGAAGACAGGAAAAUCGAAGGGCUUCUGCUUCAUCUGCUAUGAGGAUCAGAGGAGCACUAUUCUGGCUGUGGAUAACUUCAAUGGGAUUAAGAUCAAGGGCCGCACCAUCCGCGUCGAUCACGUGCUGAAUUACCGUCCGCCAAAGGACACGGACGAUAUUGACGAUGUGACCAAGCGGCUGAGGGAAGAGGGAUGCGCGCCCACAUUGCCGCCCUCUUCCUCGGAGCCCGAAGAGGAGGAAUAUGCAGUGGUGGUGAAGAAAGGGAAGAAAGAUAAGAAAGAGAAGAAGAAAAAGAAAGAGAAAAAAGAGAAGAAGAAGGCAAAGGAAGAAAAGAGGGAGGAACAGGCACCGCCAUCGCCGGUCAGGGUGAAGCAGGAGAGACCAGAUGUUGGCUAUGAGAAAUACGCCCAGCAGAGGGCACCAGAGGACAGACUGCCGAGGGACGGGAGACACGAGGAGAGGAUGUACAGGGACCGGCAGGAUGACGGCCGAGUGAGGGAGCGGGAACGGGAGAGAGAGAGGGAGCGGGAUGGACAGGCCAGGGAGGAGGAGAGGAGGAAAGACAGGGGCAGGGAUGGAAGAGACGGAGACGAAACGGCGAGACGUAGCCGGGACGGCGGCGGCAGACACCGGGACGGCGACAGGCACAGGCGGGAGGACAGACACCGGAGAGAAGAGCGGCACCACAGGGAGGACAGUGACAGAGAGAGGGAGCGGUCCGGCAGGCAGAGGUCGCACAGCCGCGACCGGGAACGCUGCAGGAGCUGAUGGAGACGCGCAUGCUGUAGGACUGAUCCCGGAUCAGCACAACAAUGCCCAGUGGGAGUGUGUGCUGACAGGGCGGUUUUAUUAUGAGUAGAUUAAACUGUACUGGCGGUGGGUGUCGUUUAAUAAUGACAACACACAGAUCUCAUUUUUAUAGAGACUUUAAACAUGAUGUAUAAAUCAUUUCAUUGAAGUCCAUGUGUUACAGAGACCAAAAUAAAGAUAUUCUGAAUAA